GACUUCUAUCUCUCUCCUAAAACCCUAUUACUCGGCGCUCGCCCGCAUUGCCCCUCAAGGCCAAAAAAAACCAAAACCCCAUUCCAGCUCCAUCGUUGUGUUUCCUCUCUCCAUAGCGUAGAUAGGAACCGAUCCUUGGUCCUGGCCUUCUGCAUUGCCGACUAGCUAGCAAUGGCGACCAACGAGCUGCAGCCGCCGAGGCGGUCGCGCCCCGGCCCGUGGCCUUCGGCUCCGGCCUCUUCCGUGGAGUCGAAUGCCCCGCGGCAGCCACUCUCCUGGGCGCGGAGGACGGGAUUCAGGCCGAUGGCUUCCGGGGACUCCACACCUAGCACCUCUGGCCAGAUUGCGCUUCCGAGGCCCCGGGAGGCUGAAAACCACCCGGAUCUGGACGCUCGCCGCCCCACUAACACUCCAAUCCCACCACCUCUUCCUGCUACCUCUACCGCUGAGAGGAUUAAUCGGGACCGUGGCGAUCCCCCUGCCCAGAUGGAUCAGGCGGGCAGGAACGCAAGGGAAGCCAAUGGGGGCGUGAGGACUGCCGGCUCGGUCCCUACUUUGACUGGCCAGAUGUCGCAUGCCACUCCCAAUGGGCCUGCACGCCCUGUUCCGGUGCAGGCGACGACACCCAACGGCCAUGUUGGCCCUCUGCCGCCUCCAAACGGGUCAUUGGGCUCCGGGCCUCCCAAUCCACCACCUCCCCCGCCGAUAAGACCCAGGAGGGAUGAGGAAGCCGUCACGUUGCCACAAGUUAUGGAUGAUGAUGAAGUUGAAACACGGGCAACACACAUGAACUAUGAGCUCAGGGACACGCCAGGUCUUGUUCCAAUUAUAUUGUAUGCGGUGCAACACUAUUUGUCCAUGAUGGGGUCUCUGAUUCUUAUGCCUUUGAUCAUUGUUCCAGCUAUGGGAGGCACUAAGGAAGAGACUUCUGAGGUUGUCUCUACAGUGCUUUUCAUAUCAGGUGUGACAACACUGCUCCACACAUUUUUCGGAUCAAGGCUACCUUUGGUACAAGGACCAUCAUUCGUCUUUCUUGCACCAGCAUUGGCAAUUAUCAACUCGCGUGAUUUCGAGAGUUUAAAUGGGAAUAAUUUUAAACAUAUAAUGAAGCAGUUGCAGGGGUCAUUGAUAAUAUCAUCUGCAUUCCAAGCAAUACUUGGAUAUAGUGGGAUUAUGUCACUUCUCAUAAGGCUGAUCACUCCAGUAGUUACAUCGGCUACCAUUACGGCGGUUGGAUUGUCCUUUUUCAGCUAUGGUUUUACUCAAGUGGGAACUUGCCUGGAGAUUGGUUUUGUGCAGAUUAUGCUGGUUAUAAUUUUUGCACUUUAUCUCCGUAAAAUAAGGGUGUUUGGCCACCGUGUGUUUCUUGUCUAUACAGUUCCUUUGGGUCUUGGCAUCACAUGGGCCUUAGCCUUCCUUCUAACCGAAUCAGGAGCCUACAGCUAUAAAGGCUGUGAUAUAAAUAUUCCUGCUUCAAAUAUUAUAUCAGAUUACUGCAGGAAGCAUAUCUCAAGAAUGAAACACUGCCGAGUUGACACUUCCCACGCACUAAGGUCUUCUCCAUGGUUCAGGUUUCCAUAUCCAUUGCAAUGGGGCACUCCUGUGUUUAAUUGGAAAUUCGCAAUAGUUAUGUGUUCAGUAGCCAUAAUCGCAUCUGUUGAUUCAGUUGGCACAUACCAUGCUUCAUCCGUAUUUGCAACAACGAGAGCACCGACACCUGGUGUACUCAGCAGAGGGAUAACGAUAGAAGGUGUUUCCAGCAUCUUGGCUGGUCUCUGGGGUACAGGAGUUGGUUCUACUACCCUUACAGAAAAUAUUCAUACUAUUGGCAUAACCAAAAUGGCUAGCAGGAGAGCAGUUGAGGUGGGUGCUGGAAUCAUGAUCCUAUUAUCUCUUGUUGGUAAAGUUGGAGGGUUUAUUGCUUCAAUUCCCGAAGUAAUAGUUGCUGGUCUUCUUUGCUUUAUGUGGGCCAUGCUUGCAGCAAUAGGCUUGUCAACUCUGCGCUACAGUGAGGCUGGAAGCUCUAGAAAUAAUAUCAUAGUCGGGCUGUCUUUAUUUUUCUCCUUAUCAGUACCGGCAUAUUUUCAGCAAUACGGAAUCUCUCCCAGUGCCAACUCUUCAGUACCAUCUUAUUUCCAGCCAUAUAUAGUUGCUUCUCACGGACCAUUCCACACUGGAUAUGGAGGGGUAAAUUACAUUUUGAACACAGUGCUGUCGUUAAAUAUGGUUAUUGCUUUUCUUGUUGCUGUUGUCCUUGACAAUACUGUUCCUGGUACACGGCAAGAGCGUGGGAUGUACUCAUGGUCUGAGAAGGAGGAUGCUAGGAGAGAACCGAGUUUCUCGAGAGAUUAUGAGCUGCCUUUCAGAGUUGGUCGAGCAUUUAGAUGGGUGAGAUGGGUUGGUUUGUGACACGGUGCAUCAGCAUGUUUCAGGUUUUUAUUUAUAUUCUCCUUUGUUUCUCUCAUUCCCUGAUGCAUCCUCAUAGUUUCAGUAGUCAUCAUAGAUAGUAUGUUGUUCUGCAGAGGUAUCCUUUUGUCAGUAGUUAUUGUUUAGCAUCUUAAUGGACUGUCUUCAGAGCCGAGAAACUUAGAGCAUGUUUGUAUGGACUGUAUGUAGGGUGUUGGUGACUUGUUUACUUCGCACUUGUGUUCUAUCAUGUAUCUUUCCUGGCAUUUUUAUUAGUCGUUUGUGUUUAUGUAGGAAAACUGAAUGUACAUUCUUCAGGGGAGGGAAAAAAGAAUGGUGGUUUGUGUAGUUUA